CUUCCUCUUUUCUGCGCACAGAAGUAGGAGGGGCUUGAUACGGUGGAGGCAGGACUGCUGCUGCACAGUGUGUGUGUGUGUACAUCCAAUUCAGCUCGAACGCACUAACGAGUGACAGAUUUCAGCUGUAAAAACCUGCUUAAAUCCUUGGCCAUUUUAUGAUUCAGCAAUAAGGUGUGUAGGUUGGUGACACCAAUAAAUACAUCACCAGUGAAAAUGGUGGCCCUGUCACUCAAGAUAUGUGUCCGUCAGUGCAAUGUGGUGAAGACCAUGCAGUUUGAGCCCUCCACUCCUGUGUAUGACGCCUGCAGGAUCAUCAGGGAGAGGGUUCCGGAAGCCCAGACUGGCCAAGCCUCUGAUUACGGCCUGUUUCUCUCUGAUGAUGAUCCCAGAAAAGGAAUCUGGUUGGAGUCUGGUAGAACUCUGGAUUACUACAUGCUCCGGAACGGGGAUGUCUUGGAGUACAAGAAGAAACAGAGGCCCCAGAAGAUCAAGAUGCUGGACGGGGCAGUUAAAACUAUCAUGGUGGAUGACUCUAAAACUGUGGGAGAGUUACUUGUUACCAUAUGCAGUAGAAUAGGAAUCACCAACUACGAGGAGUACUCCCUGCUCCAGGAGGGGUUGGAGGAGAAGAAGGAGGACGGUCAUGGGACAGGCACCCUGAAGAAGGACAGGACUCUGCUCCGAGACGAGAGGAAGAUGGAAAAGCUCAAAGCCAAACUCCACACAGACGAUGACUUGAACUGGCUGGACCACAGCCGGACGUUCAGAGAGCAGGGGGUGGAGGAGAGUGAGAUGCUGCUGCUCAGACGCAAGUUCUUCUACUCCGACCAGAAUGUGGACUCAAGAGACCCUGUCCAGCUCAACCUUCUCUAUGUACAGGCCAGAGAUGACAUACUGAACGGCUCCCAUCCUGUUUCGUUUGAUAAAGCCUGUGAGUUUGCUGGAAUUCAGGCUCAGAUCCAGUUUGGACCCCAUGUCGAACACAAACACAAGCCUGGAUUCCUAGACCUGAAGGAGUUUCUACCCAAAGAGUACAUCAAGCAGAGAGGGUCGGAGAAGAAAAUAUUUGUGGAUCACAAAACCUGCGGAGAAAUGACGGAGAUUGAGUCUAAAGUGAAGUAUGCGAAACUAGCAAGGUCCCUUCCGACAUAUGGGGUCUCCUUCUUCCUGGUGAAGGAAAAGAUGAAAAGCAAGAAUAAGCUGGUCCCUCGGUUACUGGGGAUAACCAAGGAGUCGGUGAUGCGGGUAGAAGAGAAGACUAAAGACGUGGUUCAGGAGUGGCCCCUAACCACGGUGAAGAGAUGGGCUGCUUCUCCCAAGAGCUUCACCCUGGACUUUGGGGAGUACCAGGAGAGUUACUACUCUGUUCAGACCACAGAGGGGGAACAGAUCUCUCAGCUAAUUGCAGGAUACAUCGACAUCAUCCUCAAAAAGAAGCAGAGUAAGGAUCGUUUUGGCUUGGAGGGAGAUGAGGAGUCCACCAUGCUGGAGGAGUCAGUCUCUCCAAAGAAGUCCACCAUCCUACAGCAGCAGUUCAACAGGGUGGGUCGUGUGGAGCAUGGUUCGGUAGCACUGCCAGGUAUCAUCCGCUCUGGGUCCAUCGGCUGCCCUGACAACACCUUCAACAUGGGCACCAUGCCCUCUGCCCAGCAGCAGAUCACCACAGGGCAGAUGCACAGAGGACACAUGCCCCCACUGAACUUGGCCCAGCAGGCCCUGAUGGGGACCAUUAACACCAGUAUGCAGGCGGUGCAGCAGGCCCAGGCUGAUCUGGGGGAGGUAGAUAACCUGCCACCACUGGGCCAGGACAUGGCAUCCAGAGUUUGGGUUCAGAACAAAGUGGAUGAGUCCAAACAUGAAAUCCACUCUCAAGUAGAUGCCAUAACCGCCGGAACGGCGUCUGUGGUCAAUCUUACAGCAGGUGACCCCACAGACACAGACUACACAGCGGUGGGUUGUGCUAUCACCACCAUCUCCUCCAACCUGACAGAGAUGUCUAGGGGGGUGAAGCUGCUGGCAGCGCUGGUGGAGGACCAGGUGGGCAGCGGGCAGAACCUGAUGGGAGCUGCCAGGACCCUGACAGGGGCCGUCUCUGACCUGCUCAGGUCUGUGGAGCCAGCGGCUGGAGAGCCCAGACAGACGGUGCUGACUGCAGCAGGAAGUAUAGGCCAGGCCAGCGGGGACCUGCUGCGUCACAUGGGGGAGGGCGAGACUGACGAGAGGUUUCAGGACAUUCUGAUGAGCCUGGCCAAAGCAGUGGCCAACGCAGCUGCCAUGAUGGUUCUCAAGGCCAAGAACGUGGCCCAGGUGGCAGAGGACACGGUGCUACAGAACCGAGUGAUUGCAGCUGCUACUCGGUGUGCCCUGUCCACUUCACAGUUGGUGGCCUGCACCAAGGUGGUGAGCCCCACCAUCAGUUCCCCGGUGUGCCAGGAGCAGCUGGUUGAGGCAGGGAAGCUGGUGGAUCGCUCGGUGGAGAACUGUGUCGAGGCCUGUCUGGCGGCCACAGACGAAGGUGAGCUGCUGAAGCAGGUGGGUGCCGCGGCCAACACAGUGAGCCAGGCACUCAGUGACCUGCUGCAGCACGUACGCCACUAUGCCAGCUGUGGUGAGCCCAUCGGACGUUACGACCAGGCCACAGACACCAUCAUGACCGUCACUGAGAGCAUCUUCACCUCCAUGGGUGACGCAGGGGAGAUGGUGCGUCAGGCCAGGGUGCUGGCUCAGGCCACGUCGGACCUUGUCAAUGCCAUGAGGUCAGACGCUGAGGCUGAGGUUGACGUGGACAACUCUAAGAAGCUGCUAGCAGCAGCUAAACUCCUGGCUGAUGCCACGGCCAGGAUGGUAGAAGCUGCUAAGGGGGCUGCAGCGUACCCAGAAAAUGAGGACCAGCAGCAGAGGCUGAGAGAGGCUGCAGAGGGGUUACGCGUUGCCACGAACGCUGCAGCUCAAAACGCCAUCAAAAAGAAGCUGGUCAACAGGCUGGAGAUUGCUGCUAAGCAGGCUGCGGCUGCUGCUACUCAGACCAUCGCAGCUGCCCAGAACGCUGCUGCGUCCAAUAAGAACACUGCCUCUCAUCAACAACUAGUACACAGCUGCAAGGCAGUGGCAGACCACAUCCCUCAGCUGAUCCAGGGGAUGAGGAGUAACCAGGCCCAACCAGAGGAGCUCAGUUCCCAGCUAGCGCUCAUCAUGGCCAGCCAGAGCUUCCUACAGCCUGGCAGUAAGAUGGUGACGUCUGCAAAGUCAACCGUCCCCACAGUGACAGACCAGGCUGCAGCGAUGCAACUUGGCCAAUGUGCCAAGAACCUGGCCACCUGCCUAGCUGAGUUGCGGACAGCCACCCAAAAGGCCCAUGAAGCCUGUGGCCCACUGGAGAUAGACUAUGCCCUCAAUGCUGUCCAAACUCUGAGGAGUGAGCUUCAAGAUGCCAGGAUGGCUGCACACGAUGGGCAGCUCAAACCACUUCCUGGGGAAUCGCUAGAGAAGUGUGCCCAGGACCUGGGUAGUACCUCCAAGGCUGUUGGCUCCUCCAUGGCUCAGCUGCUGACCUGUGCUGCCCAGGGCAAUGAGCACUACACAGAUUUAACAUUCCAUCAGCAAUGGGCUCCAGUCGGCUGGAUAAUGCAAUUUGAUGCGAUUUGCUGCAUUCCCGCAUCUCUGCUUUGCGUAGCUGCCAGGGAGACGGCCCAGGCCUUGAGGACAUUGGCCCAGGCAGCCAGAGGUGUGGCGGCCAGCACCAAGGAACCCCAAUCUGCGGCGGCCAUGUUGGAUUCUGCCCAGUACGUCAUGGAGGGAUCUGCCAUGCUCAUCCAUGAGGCCCACCAGGCCCUGGUCUCCCCAGGCGACGCAGAGAGUCAGCAAAGGCUAGCACAGGUGGCCAGGGCAGUGUCCCACUCUCUGAAUAACUGUGUCAACUGCCUGCCUGGCCAGAAGGAUGUGGACAUGGCCCUGAGGAGCAUCGGAGAGGCCAGCAAGAAACUGCUGGUGGACACUCUCCCUACAUGCAGUAAGUCCUUCCAGGAGGCUCAGAGUGAGCUAAACCAUACUGCAGCUGAGCUCAACCACUCCGCAGGGGACGUGGUCCACUCCUCCCGGGGUACCAGCAGCCAGCUGGCCAUGGCUUCUGGGAAAUUUAGCGAGGACUUUGACGAGUUCUUGGACACUGGCAUUGAGAUGGCCGGACACACUCAAUGCCAAGAGGACCAAAUCGAAGUGAUUGGCAACCUGAAGAACAUCUCCAUGGCAUCCAGCAAGCUCCUUCUGGCAGCCAAGUCCCUGUCAGUGGAUCCUGGAGCAGCUAACGCCAAGAACCUGUUAGCUGCUGCUGCAAGAACGGUGACAGAGAGUAUUAACCAGCUCAUCACACUGUGUACCCAGCAGGCACCGGGCCAGAAGGAGUGUGACAACGCUCUAAGAGAACUGGAGGCUGUGAGAGGAUUGCUGGACAACCCCAGUGAGCCUGUCAGUGAGCUCUCCUACUUUGACUGCAUCGAGAGUGUCAUGGAGAACUCAAAGGUUCUUGGAGAGUCUAUGGCGGGGAUUUCCCAGCACUGUAAGACGGGUGAUGUGCCAGCUUUUGGGCAUUGCGUGGGAGUAGCGUCCAAGGCCCUGUGUGGGUUGACGGAGGCGGCUGGACAGGCAUCCUACCUGGUGGGUGUGUCUGAUCCAAACAGCCAAUCGGGUCAUGAGGGGCUGGUGGAUCCCAUCCAGUUUGCCCGGGCCAACCAAGCUAUUCAGAUGGCCUGUCAAAACCUGGUGGACCCUGCCAGCAGCCCUUCUCAGGUUCUGUCCGCAGCAACAAUUGUAGCCAAGCAUACCUCAGCUCUUUGCAAUGCCUGCCGCCUGGCCUCGUCCAAGACAUCCAACCCUGUGGCCAGGAGACACUUUGUUCAGUCUGCCAAAGAAGUUGCAAACACCACAGCCAACCUUGUCAAAACUAUAAAGGCCUUGGAUGGUAACUUCUCAGAGGAGAACAGAGACAGGUGCCGUGUUGCUACAACUCCACUCAUCGAGGCUGUAGAGAAUCUAUCCACGUUUGCCUCCAACCCAGAGUUUGCUAGUAUCCCUGCACAGAUCAGCAAUGAGGGCUCGGCAGCCCAGGAGCCCAUCGUGCGUUCAGCCCGCUCCAUGCUGGACAGCUCCACCCUGCUCCUGGAGACUGCCCGCUCACUCAUCAUCAACCCCAAAGACCCGCCCACCUGGUCCAUCCUGGCUGGGCACUCCCGCACUGUCUCCGACUCCAUCAAGAGCCUCAUCACCUCCAUCAGGGACAAGGCACCAGGGCAGAGGGAGUGUGACUACUCCAUUGAUAACAUCAACAAGUGUAUCCGGGACAUCGAGCAGGCUUCUCUAGCUGCUGUCGGACAGAGCCUACAGGGAUGCAGGGAUGACAUCUCUUUAGAAGCCUUGCAAGAACAGUUGACAUCGUCGGUGCAGGAGAUUGGACAUCUCAUCGAUCCCAUCAAUACUGCAGCCAGGGGUGAAGCUGCCCAGCUGGGACACAAGGUGACCCAGCUGGCCAGCUACUUUGAGCCACUGAUUGUGGCGUCUGUUGGCCUGGCUUCUAAGAUCAUGGACCAACAGCAGCAGAUGAACAUCUUGGACCAGACUAAGACCCUGUCAGAGUCUGCCCUGCAGAUGCUCUACGCAGCCAAGGAGGGAGGUGGAAAUCCUAAGGCAGCCCACACCCACGACGCCAUAGCAGAGGCUGUCCAGCUGAUGAAGGAGGCUGUGGACGACAUCAUGGUGACACUGAAUGAGGCGGCCAGCGAAGGCGGCAUGGUGGGAGGCAUGGUGGAGGCUAUUGCUGAGGCCAUGGGCAGGUUGAAUGAGGGCACUCCCCCUGAACCAGAAGGAUCCUUUGUGGAUUACCAGACCACCAUGGUGAAAUACUCCAAGGCCAUCGCCAUCACAACUCAGGAGAUGAUGACUAAGUCAGUGACAUGUCCAGAGGAGCUGGGUGGCCUGGCCUCUCAGGUGACUGUAGACUACAGCCAGUUAGCCCACCAAGGUCGCCUGGCAGCCGCCACCGCAGACCCAGAAGAGGUGGGCUUCCAGAUUAAGACGCGGGUCCAGGAGUUGGGCCAUGGAUGUAUCUACCUGGUUCAGAAGGCUGGGGCCCUGCAGAUGAGCCCCACUGACAGCUUCUCCAAGAGGGAGCUCAUCGAGUGUGCCCGUGGCGUCACUGAGAAGGUUUCCAUGGUGCUGUCUGCACUGCAGGCAGGUAACAAAGGCACUCAGGCCUGCAUCACAGCAGCCAGCACUGUCUCUGGCAUCAUCGCUGACCUGGACACCACCAUCAUGUUCGCCUCGGCCGGAACACUCAACCCUGAGAACGAAGAGUCCUUCGCAGACCACAGGGAGAGCAUCCUGAAGACAGCCAAGGCUCUGGUGGAGGACACUAAGCGGCUGGUGUCUGGGGCAGCAUCCAGUCAGGACAGAUUGGCCCAGGCCGCCCAGUCCUCAGCCAACACCAUCACCAUGCUCACUGAUGUGGUCAAACUGGGGGCCACCAGCAUGGGCUCUGACGACCCAGAGACUCAGGUGGUCCUCAUAAAUGCGGUGAGAGAUGUGGCCAAGGCUCUAGCUGAGCUCAUCGGUGCCACCAAGUGUGCUGCAGGCAAGCCAGCAGAUGACCCAUCCAUGUAUCAGCUGAAGAGUGCUGCCAAGGUGAUGGUGACCAAUGUGACGUCACUGCUGAAGACGGUCAAGGCUGUGGAGGAUGAGGCUACUCGCGGGACAAGGGCACUGGAGGCAACCAUUGAGUGCAUCAAACAGGAGUUGACAGUGUUCCAGUCCAAGGACGUCCCCGAGAAGUCGACCACGCCGGAAGAGUUUAUCCGCAUGACAAAGGGCAUCACCACAGCAACAGCCAAGGCUGUGGCAGCGGGCAACUCUGCCCAGCAGGAGCACGUCAUCGCCACAGCCAACCUGAGCCGCAAAGCCAUCUCUGAUAUGCUGACCACCUGCAAGCAAGCGGCCUGUCAUCCAGAGGUGAGUGAGGAGGUAAGGAGCAAGGCCCUGCACUACGGGUCAGAGUGCACCACUGGAUACAUCGACCUGCUGGAGCAAGUACUGCUGGUGAUUCAGAAGCCCACGGCUGACCAGAGGCAGCAGCUGGCGGUUCACUCCAAGUGUGUUGCGGGAUGUGUGACAGAGCUAAUUCAGACAGCUGAGGCCAUGAAGGAUGGGGGGUCAGAAUGGGUGGACCCCGAGGACCCCACUGUCAUCGCAGAGACUGAGCUGCUGGGUGCGGCAGCCUCCAUCGAAGCCGCAGCCAAGAAACUGGAGCAGCUGAAACCCAGAGCCAAGCCCAAGCAAGCUGAUGAGACGCUGGACUUUGAGGAGCAGAUCCUGGAGGCAGCGAAGUCCAUAGCUGCAGCCACUAGUGCUCUGGUGAAGUCUGCUUCUGCAGCUCAGAGAGAGCUGGUGGCGCAGGGCAAGGUGGGAUCCAUUCUUGCCAAUGCUGUGGAUGAUGGCCAGUGGUCACAUGGUCUCAUAUCUGCUGCGAGGAUGGUGGCGGCAGCGACCAGUAACCUGUGUGAGGCAGCCAAUGCCUCAGUCCAGGGCCACGCCAGUGAGGAGAAGCUCAUCUCCUCAGCCAAGCAAGUGGCAGCCUCCACAGCCCAGCUCCUAGUGGCCUGCAAGGUCAAAGCUCAACCGGACUCCGAGGCCAUGAGGAGACUACAGGCUGCUGGGAAUGCGGUCAAGCGGGCAUCAGACAACCUGGUGAAGGCGGCUCAGAAAGCAGCCUUUGACAAAGCUGAUGACCACAGUGUGGUGGUCAAGACCAGGUUCGUGGGUGGCAUUGCUCAGAUCAUUGCAGCUCAGGAGGAGAUGCUGAGGAAGGAGAGAGAGCUGGAGGAGGCCAGGAAGAAGCUGGCUCAGAUCAGACAGCAGCAGUACAAGUUCCUGCCCUCUGAACUGAGGGAGGAUGAGAGAUGAUUGGUCCAGAGGAAAGUUGAUGGACAUCAGAUUGUAACCUAUUGUUACACAGAGAUGUAGCUGACACCUGUGAUUGGCUGUUUCUCUCUCACUUACGGGUGGAGUGUAUAACGUACUUGGGCCAGGCCUGUUUUAUGAGAGGAACUAGUGCCUGUGUUCAGAUGCGUGCGUGUGUGUGUGGAUGUGUGUGUUUCACAGAGGAUGAUAUUCACAGUAUGACAUAUAAGGACCAGCUGGAUACAGCUGUACUGUAUUAGCGGGGUUAGGACCUGCAAUCUGAAGAUUGAGAUGGAUUAUCUUACUGAUUUUAUGGUAGGAUACAUGAAUAAGGACAUCAAAGUUAAAUGAACAUUAUUGGACCCAAUAAUGGCAAAUAAUAUUAAUACUUUCAGCUUUCAUGGAUACAUCUCUAAAUCUGUUGAAGGUAGUUUAAAACAUGUAAAAUAAAAAUGGGUAGCUCACUCCAACUGGCACAGCUGACAUAGGGAUCUAUAGCUUAAGUUCCUCAGACAGCAUUCUAAGUGUUGGUCGAAGUAUUGCUGUACUCCAAUGCUUCAUUUCAUCAUUGGCCUGCAUGCACCAUUAUAACUAAAACACAUCAAUAAAGCUACUAACCAAUAGUGUAGCUUAUAAUUGGGCAUUUGUAAUAUGUUAGUAUAUGAAUGUGAGCUUUGGAUUUGCUGUUGAAUAGGUAAAUGUUUGAAUUUUAUAUACUGUAUUUAAUGUGAUAGAACUUCAUCUUCACACUAAAAUCAUAGUGUCAGUGGGUCUGGUCUGAGUGGAUAGUAAAGCCAACAGCAGACGCUAGUACAUCUUACAGCAUCAUAAUACCUUUUACAGUAAUAAUUCUCCAAGUAAUAAUUAUCAAUGGUGUGUGAGUAAGGUGAUCACUGCCUCCUUCCUUUGGACAUUCAGCUGUCACUCAUAUUUAAGGAGCAUAAUGCAGUCACGUGCAGAGGGUCAUUAAGGGGCUAAAUCUUGGGGUCUAUGUGCGAUCCUAUCUGUAAUGCUUGUCAGACUAGUAUUCUCUCCCCCCACCCCUCACACUUUUUCUGGGCUGCCUGCUGCAGGCACGAGGAGGCUCAGUUUACAUUCUUUGUCAUGUUUGUUCUCUCUUGUCUCUGUUUUAAUUCCAGUCUAAUUGACAGUAGCCAGAGUUGGUAGUUCCACCAUACACACGCAACAGCAAAGCUAUGCUCCGUUUGGCCAUGCCCUUUCCAGCUGAUGGUGUUUAUACUUAUUACAGAUUCCAUUGAAUUUGGAAGAUGAGCUUCUUCUUGUGUUCAUGUUCUUAUUGUUACUCUCGGCUAUGAUCAUAGCAAUACAUUAACACUCAAUAUACUAUAUCAGAUUGAUGAGAGUGCAGCACUGAUUGGAAUUGUUUAUGCAGCUGUGUAUGGUGUUUUUACUCUUAAACAGCACUGAGAUGGCUGGUAUAACCUUAUGCACUGAGCAGCGCAAGCAAUGCCUUCCAUGUUCAACCCUUCAGGAUUACUACUAAUGCUCUUGUCAAAUGUAACACGUGAUGAAACUAUAUACAGUCCAGUCCUGACUAGGAAACUAGUUAAUUUAUGUUAUUACAGUAUUGGUGUAGUAUAAGGUCAUUAGUAUUGCUUCCACUCCACCACCUCAACCCCUUGUUGUCAGUCUCUGGUCUGCAUUGUGUACUAGUGCCUUAAUUGAUUCUGCUGUACCAACAGCUCAAGGCUGUAUCUAAGCCUCAUCCUUCUGGAUGAGAACAUGUCUCUACCAGCCUUUCGCAAACUCGGUCCUCGGACCCCAAGUGGUGCUGCUACACAGCUGAUUCAAAGCUUGAUGAUUAGUAGAUUUUUUUUGAAUCAGCUGUGUAAUCCUAGGGUAAAAACCCAAAUGUACACCCCUUGAGGUCCUGAGGACCGUGUUUGGGAAACCCUGCUAGUCUAGUCUAACCAUAACUCUCUAGGUCUUCAACUACCACUUAGUCCUAUGCCAUAACACAAUGUAUUGCCUUGGCUGGUAGCCCAUCUGCCUGCCGUAAACCCUGCUGGUAUAUAAAGUGCAUCCAUGGGUCGUUUAGGUUUUAGACUAUAUACGAAAAUUAACACACCACUGCAUUCCAUGAGCAUGUGGCAAGUUAUUGAACUCUUAAAGAUGGGAAUUUGCUCUGCCUUGAUAUUCAUUCAACAUACAAGUAAUCCUUAUAAAUAGGACUAAUGAACUUCCUUGUUUAAUUGUUAAACCACUAUAAAUUAGUUUUUAUUGAUAAAUGUAAUGACUAUCCUGAGAUAAUGUAUAUUGUCUAAGCAAUUUGUCUAUAAGCAUUAAUUGAAAUAGGAAAAAAGACUAGCUGUUAUUCAAAUGUAGGUGUUGUGCUUUCUUUAACUGAAUUUGUUUGAAAAGUUCAAAUGAACUGAUACUCUAUGUAUAAUAUUUAUCUGGUCACAAAUGUAUUUUUUAUAUUCACUGAAAAUAAAGAGUUUGAAACAAGCA